GCGGCCCGCCGGGUCCGCUGCGAUCCGUCGGUCAGACGACGUUACUUCCCUUGUCUGACCUUUUUUUUUCCCCGCGAAGCUAAAAACUGCUGAAAAGGCGCGAAAAGGGCAAGAAAGUGGCCAACCGACGUUUCCGUCUUCCGGCGUCAUCUCCGGCAACGGGCAAUGGCCGGCGAUCUUCGGGCAUCUUUAUGUUUAGGUGAUCUUGAUUGGAGAAUGCCAUCGAGCUCUCAGAACGUUUCUGUUGAUUUAGUUGAACUCAGCAGUGAUGAUGAAGAUUCGAGCCAGCCGAGGAAGCCAUUUUACCAGAUUCCAUGCGUGGCAAAGCUGCCAGUGAAGACGGAAAAUUUGGGGAGUUUGUCAACUUGCAAACUGGAACCAACAGACUGCAUAAUAAAUUGUCAGUCACCUCCAAUAGUUGCAUCUGAUCUAGGAGAUAUUUUGCACGAAGAUAGGACUCAAAAUUCUGAGUACAUUUCACAGCAGUUACCACUCGUGGCCUCUCAAGAAGUCAGGAUGAAUCUGACCAGGAUGACAAAUGGUUUCAAUGCCUCAGUUCCUGGGCUCUGUCUCACUCAGUCUGGACCAUCUGUUGCACAUGCUGAUUCAUGGGUCGCCCAGAAUGGUGGUGAACAGAUUGAAAAUCCAUCUAGAAUUUCCUCUUCUAGCCAUGACUCCUUUGGUUUACAUGCUCAGCCGAACUUCUGCAAUUUCUGGAAAGCGGGAGACUAUAAUGCCAUCUGUAACCAAGAGCUUUCAUCUGCAAAAGGUACAAUGGAGCGUGUCCGCGUACACCCAAAAUUUCUUCAUUCAAAUGCAACAUCCCACAAAUGGGCAUUUGGAGCCAUUGCAGAGCUUUUAGAUAAUGCAGUGGACGAGAUCCGGAAUGGUGCAACUUUCAUAAAAGUUGACAUAAUUCAUAAUAAACGAGAUAAUUCUCCAGCACUGCUUUUCCAUGAUAAUGGAGGUGGAAUGGAUCCAGAAUGCAUGAGACAGUGCAUGAGCUUGGGCUAUUCCUCAAAGAAGUCCAGUGGAACUAUUGGUCAAUAUGGUAAUGGCUUCAAGACAAGUACCAUGCGACUAGGUGCUGACACAAUAGUCUUCAGUCGUACCAGUUAUAAGGGAAUCCUGACAGAAAGUAUCGGCCUUCUUUCAUAUACUUUCUUGAGGAAAACUGGGCAGGACGAUGUUAUUGUUCCAUUGGUUGAUUUUGAAAUUUCAAAUGGCCAUACGGAGCCAAUGAUCCAUAGUUCACUUGAUGAUUGGAAAGAAAAUAUGAAUAUUCUUCUUCAGUGGUCUCCUUUUUCUACAGAGGAGGAACUUAUGCAGCAGUUUGAAGAUGUUGGUGUUCAAGGUACCAAAAUAAUAAUAUUUAACCUGUGGUUAAAUGAUGAUGGAAUCUUGGAGCUUGAUUUUGAUGAUGAUAAGGAGGACAUACGACUUCGAAAUCCAAGCAUAUGUGAAGCGCCUUCCGGCUUGUCCACGGAAAAAGUAGAAUCUCAUAUUUCUUCCCGGAUUCGGCAUUCUUUGCGUGAAUAUGCUUCCAUUCUUUAUCUUAGAAAAUUUGAAAAUUUUCAAAUCAUUCUGAGAGGAAGACCAGUUAAGCAACACAACAUCACUGAUGAUUUGAUGUUUUCUGAAGUGAUAAUGUACAAGCCACAGCUUGGUUUUCGAGCAAAGGAGGUGUCAGUGGCAAUAACUGUUGGGUUUGUCAAGGAGGCCCGUAAAGUUGGUGCCCAUGGAUUCAACUUAUACCAUAGAAAUCGUCUUAUCAUGCCUUUCUGGAAGGUCAUUCAAUUCAAUAGUAGCUGUGGGAGGGGUGUAGUAGGAUAUCUGGAAGCAGAUUUUGUAGAACCAGCUCAUGACAAACAGGACUUUGAACGGUCAGCUGUUUUUCUUCGGCUUGAGUCUAAGCUUAAGCAGGUUGUAUCUGAUUAUUGGAACCAGUUGAGAUGCCUUUUCCACCUAGGCUUCAGGCUUAACUACUGCCAAGGACGUAUGACAUGCCUUUUCAACUAAAGUCUUUCAACUCUCAAAGACCUGUACUUCUGCCUGUGUAAAGGUUUCUGCCCAGAAGGCCAGCCUUUCUAAAUAUGUCCUUUUGGUUUUUGGAAAAAAAUGGUUUGGAAAAUAUCACUGGAAAUAGCAAACCCAUGUGGACUCCAAGUAAUACAAACAUUUUAAAGAAAUAGAGAAAAUAAUUAAAGCUCCUUAUUAAAUUUGACAUUAUAUUUUUCAGCCUUUUUAACCUACCUUUUGUAGACUUCGCUAGACAUUCAUGGUGAAGCGCCACAGCUGAUCCAUCUUCUUCUUGAGCAUCGGGUGAACCCAAAAGUUUGUCUCAGCAGGCCAAUGCUGUAAGAUCCAUGAUGUGGCCCAUGUCGUGUAGGCCCAAAGUUAGAUAUGUAACAUAAAAUAACAUAAAGAAAUGGAAAUAUUUUUUUAUAUUAAAAAUAGGAAAAAUACAUAAAAAGUAAGAAAAAUGCUCUUGAUGCAAUCAAGAAUAACAGUAUUUGCUCCCUACGAAAUGCACAUUUUAUUGGAAAAAUUACAAUGAUAACCACAUUACUCCAAAUGCUUAAGUGGUAUCAGAUAAAUAGGCGUGUUAUUAUGUAGGACAUAUUCCUUGGAGUCUUGAAAGAACUUAAUGGUCGUAAAACUUGAAUUUUUUAUUUUGGAGCAUAGUCAUCGACCAUCACAUGGAAAGUUAUGAAAGCCUUAAUUUUGUUGCACAAACUUAUAUAUUCUUCAGUUUAAAUUUAUAAGAGUGCCUUCCAUGACAAACUGAAUAUUCAGCCUUAAGGAAUUCCUGCUACUUUAACUUAAAAAAAAACUCUCGCCUUUUCAAAAUUUGAAGGUGUGAGGUUAGAUACUGGUGCAUAUCAUAACUCACACCUGAUACAGUAUAGUUACGUGUCUGGGGUAUAAUGUAUUGAUUUUCUUAAAAGGUACAUCACUUAAGGUACAUAUGAUACUCUGUAGUACUUACAACACUGCAGCAGAUUCUAAUUGAAGGCCAUAUCUUUGCAUUUUGUUAGAUUACGUAAGAACCACCAAAGGAAUUGUCAUCUGCCUUUUAGCUUGAGUGCCAAACUAUCUUUAUAGUGUCCUGUAUGCAAUUGAAUAUCUUUUGCAUAUGCUUAACCUGUCUUCUUAAAUUGUAUUACUUGGCCAAGUAGCACAACUCUGAUGGUCAUGCUGUCUCACU